CGAUAUUCUGUGAACUCCAACUUCUAGCUGAUCCAGUUAAUACAUCUGGCCAAAAUAUCAUCCAAAAAUAUCAGAUUCAUGAAUGUAAACUUUCCAAUGAUUUAAGUCAACUUUUGAAUAGAAACAAAUUCAGUGAUGUCACACUCGUUGUGGGUGAACAUAAAUUUCAAGCGCAUAAAACAAUUUUGGCUGCCCGAAGCGAAGUUUUCGCUGCAAUGUUCGAACAUGAAAUGGAGGAACAACAAUCAAGUCGAGUUGUAAUAACCGAUGUUGAUCAUGAAGUACUGCAAGAGAUGCUUCAAUACAUUUAUACAGGUCAAUCGCCAAAUAUAGAAAAGAUGGCAAAUCAUCUUUUUGUCGCGGCUGAUAAAUAUGCUUUGGAACAAUUGAAACUUCUAUCUGAAGAAGCGCUGUUCUUAGGAUUGUCAAUUGAAACAGUAGCUGAAACUUUAGUUUUAGCUGAUAUGCACAGUGCACAUCAGUUAAAAGUAAAGACUAUUGAAUUUUUCAAAUCUCAUGCCAAUGAAGUAUUAAAAACGAGUGAAUGGAAAAAUUUAGCCAAAACUAAUCCUACUUUAUUGGUUGAAGCGUUAGAAGCGUUGAUAGAGCAGAAUGACAAUGAUCAUUUACAAGAUUGUAUGGAUGAUCAAGCAGGAACUACAAAAUCGUAAACCGAAAUCAACAUAUCUGUAUAUUUUUUUGUUUUUUAAUUGAUCUUUUCAAAAUUUUUUUACACAGAAAGAUGUAUUUUUUUACUUUUAUUAUUUUUUUCUUAAACAAGAUUAUUAAUUCUCUUUAUUAUUCUUUAAAUUUUGUUAUUUUAUAUUAUAAAAUAUUAAAAAAUGUAAAACAAA